CAUUAAGGACAGUAGUGCGGAAGUCGGAAAUGUGAAAUAAAAUUUAAAAAUAACAACGCCAGUAAUUUUCAUUGCAGGUCAUCGACUAGUUCUUCUUCUUUGCCUCACGCAAAUGCCGCCGGAACACACGGGCGCCGUGGGUUAGGAUGAGCCCCCGGUAAUCGGCAGCGCUGAGUGGGGUGUAUAGGGGGCGCCGUGGGAUAGGAUGAGCCCCCGGUAAUCGGCAGCGCUGAGCGGGGUGUAUAGGGGGCGCCGUGGGAUAGGAUGAGCCCCCGGUAAUCGGCAGCGCUGAGCGGGGUGUAUAGGGGGCCCUGAGUGCCUGGACUUCGUUAUGAAGCUGAAGGAGCUUGAAAGUUUGCUGCAGCAGGUCGAAGGUUUUGAUCGGCCUAAGUUACUACUGGAACAGUAUCCAACCAGCCCGCACAUUGCAGCACGUAUGCUGUAUACGAUACACACAACGUUCGAUGACAUUGAGAAUAAAUUGGUUGCUGAUCUUGGGUGUGGAUGUGGAGUUCUCAGUAUUGGUGCAGCUUUGCUGAAUGCAGGAUUAUGUCUGGGAGUUGAUAUCGAUGAAGAUGCCCUUGACGUAUUCCACAGAAAUGCAGAAGAAUUUGAAUUGGCCAAUGUCAAUAUGAUCCAAUAUGAUGUUUGUUCCAAACUGACAGACAAAUUAUCCAAAAAAUUUGACACUGUAAUAAUGAAUCCCCCCUUUGGGACAAAGCAUAAUAAAGGUAUGGACAUGAUAUUCCUCAGAUCUGCUUUAGAUAUGGCAAGAACAGCUGUAUAUUCCCUUCACAAAACGACAACCAGGAAUCAUAUUAAGAAGAAGGCUGAUGAAUGGAAAGUAAAGAUGGAAGUAAUUGCUGAACUUAGGUAUGACUUGCCAGCAUCAUAUAAAUUCCACAAGAGGAAAUCAAUUGACAUUGAAGUGGACUUCAUUCGGUUCUCAGCUAAAUAAAUCCAUUGAAGAAUGCAAUGUCGAGGCUGUCUGAAUUAAACAGUGAAGACUCCUUGGAUGGGACAUGUGCUCAACUUGUUCUUUU